AAAGAUGAGUGGUAUCUUUGCUAGUUGUGCACUCACAGCACUGCUACUGGCUGCAGCCUGGGCAGACCACCACCAACACGACCAUGAUGGAGAAAUGAGCUGCCACAAGCUGUCGUCUCCAAAUGCUGACUUUGCCUUUGCCCUCUACAAAAGUCUGAAUGCCAAAGCUGCUGCUGGAAAGAACAUCUUCUACUCGCCGCUGGGCAUCUCCACUGCCCUGUCCAUGCUGUCUACAGGCGCCAGUGGUGAAACCCACAGCCAGCUGUUCUCCAGCUUGGGCUACAGUGCUCACAACCAGGCACAGAUCAAUGAAGCGUACAAGCAUCUUUUCCACAUGCAUGGACACAGCCAGGAGAACCAGCAGUUAGAUGUUGGUAAUGGUGUGGCCCUGCGCUCUGGCUUCAACCCUGUGGAAAAGUUCCUGAACGAUGUCAGGCACUACUACUCUGGUGAAAUCUUCAAUGUUGACUUUACCAAACCAGCUGAGGCUGCAGCUGAGAUUAAUUCAUUCAUUGCUAAUAAAACCCAGAAUAAGCUCAAAGAUAUGGUGAAGGACCUGGAUCAUGAAAUGGCCAUGGUGCUGAUAAACUACGUCUACUUCAGAGGACAGUGGGAGAAACCCUUUAAUGGUAACCUGACAAACAAGGCAGACUUCCAUGUGGACGACACAACCACAGUUCAGGUGAACAUGAUGAGGAGAACAGGUCGCUUCUACUUCUAUCAGGAUGUUGUCAACCACACCACUGUCAUCAUGCUGCCCUACAAGGGUCAGACCUCUAUGAUGAUCGUCCUGCCUGAUGAAGGCCAGAUGGCAGAGGUGGAGGGCUACAUCAACAAGGACUACCUUAGGCACUGGCAAAACUCAGUCUUGAGGAGGUCUGUGGCUCUAUUCCUGCCAAAAUUUUCCAUCUCUACUGAGGCUACCCUGGACAGCACGCUGAAAGAAUUGGGCAUAACCAACGCUUUUGCAGACAAUGCUGAUUUCUCUGGCAUAUCUGAGGAGGUCAAGCUCAAAGUUUCAAAGGUGUCCCAUCAGGCCGUGCUGAGCGUGGAUGAAACAGGAACAGAGGCAGCAGCCGCCACCACCAUCGAGGUGAUGCCCAUGAGUAUGCCUAGAACCAUGAAGCUCAACAGACCCUUCUUGGUCUUCAUCCUGGAGCACUCACUGUCUCCUCGCCAAUUGCUGACUUUUGCCUUUGCCCUUUACACAAAAGUCUGGAAAUGCGGCAAGACUUGUGCGCUGGAAAACAUCCUUCUUAACUCACCGCUGGGCAUUCCAGCCUGCCCUGCCCUGUCCAUGCUGUCUACAGGAGCCCGUGGUGAAACCCACAGCCAGCUGUUCUCCAGCUUGGGCUACAGCAACACAAACCAGUCUCAGGUUAAUGAUGCGUACAAACAUCUUUUCGACAUGCAUGGACACAGCCAGGAGAACCAGCAGUUAGAUGUUGGUAAUGGUGUGGCCCUGCGCUCUGGCUUCAACCCUGUGGAGAAGUUCCUGAACGAUGUCAGGCACUACUACUCUGGUGAAAUCUUCAAUGUUGACUUUACCAAACCAGCUGAGGCUGCAGCUGAGAUUAAUUCGUUCAUUGCUAAUAAAACCCAGGAUAAGAUCAAAGAUAUGGUGAAGGACCUGGACCCUGAAAUGGCCAUGUUACUGAUUAACUACGUUAACUUCAGAGGACAGUGGAAGUCACCAUUCAGCCUUGACAUGACAAAUAAGGCAGACUUCCAUGUGGACAAGACCACCAAAGUUCAGGUGGACAUGAUGAUGAGGACGGGUUACUACAGCUUCUAUGAGGAUUCUGACAACCACACCACUGCCAUCAUGCUGCCCUACAAUGGCAGCACCUCCAUGAUGAUCGUCCUGCCUGAUGAAGGCCGGAUGGCGGAGGUGGAGGGCUACAUCAACAAGGACUACCUCAGGCACUGGCAAAAUUCAGUCCGGAUGAGUUAUGUGGAUCUGUUCCUGCCAAAAUUUUCCAUCUCUACUGAGGCUUCCCUGGACAGCAUGCUAAAAGAACUGGGCAUAACCAACGCUUUUGCAGACAAUGCUGAUUUCUCUGGGAUAUCUGAGGAGGUUAAGCUCAAAGUCUCAAAGGCAUCUCACAAAGCUGUGCUGAAUAUCACUGAGAUGGGAACAGAGGCAGCAGCCACCAGCAUCAUCGAAGUGAUCUUCCUUAUGAUGCCACCGUCUAUCAGAAUAGACAGACCAUUCUUGGUUUUCAUCAUGGAAAACUCCACUGGGAGCAUCCUCUUUAUGGGCAAGAUCAAUAACCCCACAGCCAUGUAAAGGGACAUGCUAGGAAAAUAAGCAUCACCAUCACAGGUGUCAUCACUGAUCAGAAUCACUGCCUCUUUAGCCAUCAAACUGAUGGUAGCAAGAAGUAUGCUUGUAUCUGUCUUUGCAUGGGAGUUUUUAUGUCUCUCAGAAUGUAAGAAAUUAUCAUUAAAGAACAUUUUGUUGAUGUUAAUGAAAAGGAGAGCUGCAACGAUUAGUGGAUUCACUGCUUCCACAGAUCGAUUAAUUGACAGAAAUGUUUUUAAUCUCUAAAUUAAUUAAUAAUUUUUCAAGCACAAAAUGCCCACAUUUUAUUG